AUGGAGUUGAGAGGCUUGAAAACAAAACAAAAUGAAAAACAAAAAAUCUGUCUCUUUCAUUCAAUGGUUACAGCAACAAAACUUAAUUCAGAGACAACUCAACAUAGAGAGGAGAACAACCGAACCAAAUUUUUGGAGGGAAAGAUAGGGGACCCCCUAGACCCAAUGGCUCAAAUCAUAAUAAAACGAAUAUCAUGGCACCGCCAUGAAGGCCGGUCCUACUCCACCUUCUUGAUUAAAACAAUAAGAAGCCAUGGGAAUACACAUGACGCAGCAGUUAUGGUCAGGACUCUAUCGAUCGUAUUUACUGCUCUUGGCAGUCGGUUCAACACCCAUAUUGAUAUCAACAAACAUCGAUGUUCGCAUUCAAAGCUUUCUCUUUGCAAUUGGGCUCUCUUUCUUAAAGAGAGCAGAAGUCUUAAAAGAGGAGAACACUACAAUUCUGGUUGGCAUUCCAAAAGGGCAACACAAACGUGGAUCAAAAACCUCACAAGUUUGAACGUUGUCAAUCAAUUCAGAAAAUCAGUAUAG